CCAGCCCGGCACUGGCUGAGGAGGAUGGCCGCGUGGCCCUGGCAGCCGCCCAGCUCCAGGGUGACAGUGGUGACAUGGAUGCCACCAGCCUCGCUGAAGCCGCCGGGCUGCGCAGCCGUGCCAGGCAGCUGGCCGCCCACAACACGAAGCUGCAGCGGGACGCUGAGCUGGCCGAGGAGCUGAACGCCCGCCUGGCCGAGGAGACGGCUCAGCUCCAGGCUCAGCUGCGGAGCAGCCGGCAGGCGUUGGAGCAGGCCAGGGCGGCCGCCGAGGAGCUGGAGGACCUGAAGGCUGUGGCGAAGGGGCUGGAGGAGGAGAACGGCGAGCUCCGGCGGCACGCGCGGCACAUGGAGAAGGAGCAGCGGAGCCUGUGCUUGCGGGCCGAGGGUCUCCAGGAGGAGAACCAGCGGCUGAUCGCCGAGGGUCAGGGGCUGCGGGAGCAGAUCCAGGCGCAGGCAGCCCGCGUGGCUGACCUGGAGGCCCAGCUCUGCCGUGGCACCGCGCUCCUCUCUGCCCGGGAUGCUGCCCUUGCCCAGGCGGGGCGGCGGGCGCAGGAGCUGGCGGUGGCGCUGGAGGAGUAUGACCGGGCUGUGCAGGAACUGCGGCUGGAGACAAUGCAGCUGAGGCAGCAGCUGGGCCGGAUGAGGGACGCCUGGGCCAUGCGCCCAUGGUGCCCCCUCGACCAGGCCACAGACAUCACAGCCACGGCGGCACCGAGCCCGGUAAGGGAGGGGGCACGGGGGUCCCUGUGGGUUCCCCACAGCCGCUGACCCCCUCUGUGUGACCCCCGGCCCACCGCUCUG